AGUAACUGGUUUAGGGUCAUACAGCUGAGCCGUGGCUCAGUGCCUGCGCAGUGAAUUUAGGUGUCUUUUAUUCAGAGAUCAAGCACGCUAAAUUUCCAUCCUGAUUUGCAUUGAAGACCCUCAAAUCCCACUUGAAUGUUUGUUGUUUUACCCCUUCAAUCCUAUCACCUGAUUCCCAAGCAACUUACCCCGUCAGCUGCGGACUCCCACUGCCAUGUUCUCAGCUCGCAGAGGACCGACCUGGUGUGUGGGCAGAGAAGGAUCUCACCUGUGUGAAAUCCAGAGGCAAUGAGCAACAGAGGGACGAGCAGACAGCGGAGCAGCCUGUUUCAGGAGCAGAGAAGGUCCGUCUGCAAGAGAAGAGCCUGAUUCCCCUCUUGCGUCUAGCAGCAAGUCCCUGCCUGGUCAGUGCAGAAGGGAUUGACUGGGAUUCUGGAGCAGGCACCAGAUCCACAAGGGAUGAAGAGCUUCUGAGAGAGGAGAGGAGGAAGGCUUGCAGCAAAGCCCUCCCAGCUCGCUCGAGUGCCGGAGGUGAGUGCUGUCUCUUUGUGAGUGGCAGGCUGCAAAGAAAGAGAAGUGGGGUGGGAGGCAAGAGGAGAAAAAAAACCCCAAGUGCCACACCGUCAGCAGGAGAUCUGGAAAGGAGUGAGAGCUUCAAGCACUUUUCCCUGUGCCGGGUCACCUGGCUGGGUGUGAGAGCUGGGAGGAUUGCGGCCGGUGCUUCUGAGAUGUCAGCAGAGCAGUAAAAAGGCUUUGGAUGCUGGUGGGGACCUGAACAGUAGUGAAGCCUCUCUCAAGGGACUGGAACUAAGGGGAACCCAUGGAUGGUUUUUACUCCCCCGCAGAAGGAGAUGGGCAAGGUGUGAUCAAUGACACCAGCAGUAGGAAGAGCUGGGCAGAGGAAGGCAACUCCCGGUUGUCCUUCCGUGUGGUGACAGCUGCCUUACUUUUCCUUCUCAUCCUCUCCACGCUCCUGGGCAACACCCUGGUAUGUGUGGCUGUGAUCAAGUUCAGACACUUGCGCUCGAAGGUCACUAAUUUCUUCGUUAUCUCCUUGGCAGUGUCCGACCUCUUUGUGGCUGUACUGGUGAUGCCCUGGAAGGCAGCCACCGAGGUGGCAGGGUUCUGGCCCUUUGGGGCUUUCUGUGAUGUUUGGGUGGCUUUUGAUAUCAUGUGCUCCACGGCCUCUAUCCUCAAUUUGUGCAUCAUCAGCAUGGACCGUUACUGGGCUAUUUCCAACCCCUUCUGCUAUGAGAGGAAGAUGACACAGCGCGUGGCUUUCAUCAUGAUUGGGGUGGCUUGGCUACUGUCCCUCUUGAUUUCUUUCAUCCCUGUGCAGCUGAAGUGGCACAAGGAUCUUGAGCUCCUUAGCCAACAGGAGCCAGGUUUUAAUGUCACGGGGGAGGAGGAGAACUGUGAUUCCAGCCUCAACAGGACUUACGCCAUCUCAUCUUCUCUCAUUAGCUUCUACAUCCCUGUUGCCAUCAUGAUUGUGACGUACACCCGCAUCUUCCGCAUUGCCCAGCGGCAGAUCCGCAGGAUCUCCUCGCUGGAGAGGGCAGUGGAACAUGCCCAAAACUGCCACAGCAGCGACUGCCCUCAUGAGGCCUCCCUGAAGAACUCCUUCAAGAAGGAGACCAAGGUCCUCAAGACCCUCUUCAUCAUCAUGGGCGUAUUUGUCUUCUGCUGGUUGCCCUUCUUCGUGCUCAACUGCAUGGUGCCCUUCUGUAAUCUUGACCUGCGUGAGCCAGGAGAGCUACCUUGUGUCAGCGAGACCGUCUUCAACAUCUUUGUCUGGUUUGGGUGGGCCAACUCUUCCCUCAAUCCUAUCAUCUACGCCUUCAAUGCAGACUUCCGGAGAGCUUUUGCAACCAUUUUGGGCUGCGGCUGCCUUUGCCCCAGCAAUGCAGUGGAGACAGUGAACUUCAGCAAUGAGCUGGUCUCCUACCACCAUGACACUACGUAUCAGAAGGAAGUGGUGGCCCUCAGCUACCCCCAGCUUCUCCCCCAUGCUGCUCUGCAGAUGGAAAGCAGCGAGGUCUCCUUUGACAAGGUUUCUCAGGUCUCCGAGCCCUCUCGCACCACCUGCCCUGCGGAUGCCUUGCCUGCAGUGAUGCACGUGGAGUGUGAAAUGGCUGUCUCGCUGGAGAAGAUUACACCUUUCACCAGCAAUGCCUUUGAUUGAGACGGGGUUGGGAAAAGGGUGGUGGGAUGGUCUCGGGGAGAGCUGGAAGCAGGUACACUAUUGCAGUUGCCUAUUUUUCUGAGGAGUUUGAGGAUAACGUGGAUAUUGCACUCUCUGUCUGGGCAGGAGUUUGUAUUAAUAAGCGUGGAAUAGCCAGAGUGAUCUUCCAGAUGGCUCAAGGGGUUCAGAUACAUGGUUUUGUAACUCGGGGUUUGAGAUCCAGCCCAGGCGGGCAGUGGAGAUCUGCGUUGCUGCUCUCUCUAGUUGACCCACGGAAGAAUGCUUUCUGCAAAAGACAAAAAUGCAAGGGCUCGAAUUCCACUUUCCUGGUGACUUCAUCUGAGAAAGCAGAGGCUUGGGUGGUCUGCUGAGC